CCAAAAAAAAAACAAUUAAACCCAUAUUUAUCUUCCCCCUCUCCAACUGAAUUUAGUUUCAAAUAUUGUCACUAACACCCACAAUUCACUUAUUUAGGACAUGAUAGAAGUAGCCUCUUUCUAUCCUAUGGCUUCUCCCCCAUUACCCAAUUUACUUAAUUUUUCUCCAAGUUCUUGGUUAUAGUUGUCCUUCAUAUCAUAGAAGGAUACUCAUCACAAAUUUAGAAGACAAUAAUUGUUCUAUGCUGAUAAUUGUUCAUGGCAAUUCAGCAAGAAUUGCUCUCGACUGAGAUCGUGGACCGGGGUGUCAAGAGCUCGGGCCCUGAUGCCGGGUUGCCUAGCUUCUCAGUGAGGGUCCGGAGGCGCCUGCCGGAUUUCCUACAGUCCGUGAACCUAAAAUAUGUGAAGCUUGGCUAUGGCUACCUCAUAAACCAUGGAGUCUAUCUCAUCACUGGAGCACCAUUUUUAGUCCUGGUUUUUGGGAUCAAGGCUGGAAAAAUGGGGAGAGAAGAGCUUUGGGCACCAUAUGAGCUCACUAUCCUGCUGUUUGUUUUGGUAACUUUGGUCCUGAUUGGUGUUACCUACCUUGCAGUGGUUCCUCGAUCCACAUAUCUAAUCGAUUUUGCGUGUUAUCGACCUCCGGAUGAGCUUAAGAUCUCAAAGCACCAAUUCAUGGAGAUGGCCAAGAAGUCAGGCAACUUCAACCAGGAGAGCCUGGAUUUCAUGCAACGCAUGCUCAAGAACUCAGGCAUUGGAGAGGAGGCCUACCUUCCAGAGGUCAUAGCAUCACCUGCAAAAGCCAUCACUCUAGGGCAAGGUCGUGAGGAGGCGCAGCUGGUCAUGUUCGGGGCGGUCGACGAGCUCUUUGCAAAAUGCCGAGUUCGCCACAAAGACAUUGGUGUGCUGGUGGUGAAUUGUGGAAUCUUCAACCCUACUCCUUCACUCUCUGCGAUGCUCAUAAAUCGCUAUAAGCUCCGCUCUGACAUACAAAACUAUAGUUUGGGAGGCAUGGGUUGUGCUGCAGGCGUAGUAGCCAUAGACCUCGCCCGUGAUCUUCUACAAGCCCACGCUCGAACCUUGGCACUAGUGGUGAGCACCGAGGUGAUCACAGGCUCUUGGUACACAGGGAAUGACCAAACAAUGUUGUUGUCAAACUGCUUUUUUCGAAUGGGGUGCUCAGCAUUGCUGCUGUCGGGGCAACGGAGGGACCGGUGGAGGGCAAAGUAUGAGCUGAGGCAGGUUGUGAGGACGCAUCGUGGGGCGGAGCAGAGGAGCUUCGAGGCGGUGUAUCAAAGGGAGGACAACAGUGGGCGGAGGGGGUUGCAUGUGGGGAGGGAGGUCACGGAGGUGGGCGGACAUGCACUCAAGGUGAACAUCACAACGCUAGGGCCACUCGUGUUGCCAUUGUCCGAGCAGGUCCUCUUCUUUGCCACCCUCCUCUCAGGCAACUUUGUGAAUAAGCAAGAAAACAAACCCUAUAUUCCGGAUUACAAGAGAGCCUUUGAUCACAUAUGCAUCCUAGCCACGGGUAAGGCGGUGCUCGAUGAGUUACAGAAGAACCUCGAGCUCACUCCUGACUACAUGGAGGCCUCGAGAUCAACCCUACACCGGUUCGGCAACACAUCAAGCAGCAGCAUCUGGUACGAGCUCUCAUACCUCGAGACGAAGGGAAAGAUCAAGCGGGAUGACCGGAUUUGGCAAGUCGCAUUCGGGUCCGGGUUCAAGUGCAACAGUGUGGUGUGGAGGGCUCUGAAGAGGGUUCGGAGAUCACCAUAUGGACCAUGGAUUGACUGUAUAGACCACUACCCUUUGAGAGAGGAAUCCUGAUUGAAUUCUUUCGUGGUUAAAGAGAGAAAGGAGUUAAUGGCGCUCGAAGUGCUUUGAGAAGUCACAAUGUUCUUGUGAUCAUUUGACAUGGUAGAAAUUCAUGUGAAAUGUAGCUGGGGAUUAUUUGGAUUGAAGGAUUGGUUUAGGGUUUGUAGCCGGGGGAUUAUAUGGAUUGUUAAGGGUUAGGUUUAAGAUGUGCUCUUUUAGUGAGAAUAAGAUAUUUACUUGUGAACGCCUCAAUGUAACACAAAUGCUUAAAAGAGGCUUGGAUGA